AUGAUAAAACAUGAGAAGUCACGUCAUUUCUUUUACUGGACAGUGCUACACGUGCGACGAUCUGCGGUCACGAUGCACAAAUCAAUCGUAAAAGGAGAGUUUCUUGUGGAGCGGUGCACAACCUGUUGCACCCUCUUUCACUGCCCCAUAUGUCCAAUGGUGAAACCCCAAAAGUUACAUAAAAUGCAGAUACACUUGCAGUCGCAUUUAAGGCAGGCAAUUGUUUACAAAGAUUGGAAAAUAUGCCGUUGCCACAUGCUCUGUCGAGACUCUGUACACUACCACUGCCCUUCCUGCAAUAUAACGCUCAUUCGAAAAUCUGAUAUGGAAAGGCAUUUAUGUAUAUGUAAUAGCCCUGCAGCUCCUCCUCUACAGUCCUCGGUGUCUGCAGCUCCUCCUGUGCAGUCCUCGGUGUCUGCAGCUCCUCCUGUGCAGUCCUCGGUGUCUGCAGCUCCUCCUGUGCAGUCCUCGGUGUCUGCAGCUCCUCCUCAGCAGUGCUCGGUGUCUGCAGCUCCUCCUGUGCAGUCCUCGGUGUCUGCAGCUCCUCCUGUGCAGUCCUCGGUGUCUGCAGCUCCUCCUCAGCAGUGCUCGGUGUCUGCAGCUCCUCCUGUGCAGUCCUUGGUGUCUGCAGCUCCUCCUGUGCAGUCCUCGGUGUCUGCAGCUCCUCCUCAGCAGUGCUCGGUGUUUGCAGCUCCUCCUCAGCAGUGCUCGGUGUUUGCAGCUCCUCCUGUGCAGUCCUUGGUGUCUGCAGCUCCUCCUGUGCAGUCCUCGGUGUCUGCAGCUCCUCCUCUACAGUCAUUGGUGUCUGCAGCUCCUCCUCUACAGUCCUUGGUGUCUGCAGUUCCUCCUCUACAGUCCUCGGUGUCUGCAGCUCCUCCUCUGCAGUCCUCAGUGUCUGCAGCUCCUCCUCUACAGUCCUCGGUGUCUGCAGCUCCUCCUCUACAGUCCUCGGUGUCUGCAGCUCCUCCUCUACAGUCCUCGGUGUCUGCAGUUCCUUCUCUGCAGUCCUCGGUCUCUACUCCGAAUGCCAAGAAACGGCAGUACACCGGAGGACGGGCUCAGGAGGGACUGCAGACACCAAGGACUCGGCACAGGUGGACUAGCAAACACCCGAGCACUGCUGAGGAGAAGGCUGGCAAACACCGUGCACUGCUGAGGAGAGCGGAGACUACCGUGGGACGGCACAGGAGGAGCGGGGCAGACUCCAAGGUCUGCACUAGGUGGAGCGGCUGUACACCUAACGGGUGCACCUGCUGUGGAGAGCUGCAGACUCCGAGGACUGCACAGGAGGACUUCAGACACGAGGACUGCACAGGAGGAGCUGCAGACACCGGAGCACGCGGUGGAGAGCUCUGUCUACCGUGGGUCGGCAUCAGUGGUGCUGCUACCGCUCCGUGGUACGGGAAAAGGGAGAGCUGCAGGACACCAGAGCCAGAGGAAAGUCUUUGCACUGUAUGUGUCACAGUGCCACUGUCCAAAUCAGAAGUAAUUACAAGAAAUGCUAAAAUUGUCACAAUUGGAGGGGUUAUUGAGAAUGUGUCCACUUAUUACAGACAAUGCCCACAAUGUGGCAUGGUUUAUCGUUAUCAAGAGUGGAAAGAUGGGCUACAUAACUUUGAUGACCAUCUCGUUUUAAACCUUGAGAUGUGUCUGUACUUGAGGCAUAAUCUACAGAACAAUGUUGCCGUGUCCAAAGUAAUCAAUUCUCUGGAAGGCCUCAGAGGAAAACCCUUUCCUUCCAGAAAUGCCAUUCUCCAUGCUUACUGCCACUUUGAAGCCAUGACAGAUCAGACAUAUGAGUAUUCAUGUGUCAGUUGUGGAUACCACCCCCACACUGUGGUCAUGGACCUUCACAGGAAAGGGGUGUUUAACCUUCCUGUAAGCGAGGUUGCAGCGGCCUCAUCUACCUUCAAUGGAGUAGUUGACACUGACGGCUUUUGGAAAUCGAUUGACUUUGACAUGAUCUCCCGAGGAUUUUUAAAAACUUGUUCUGAGAACCCAUUUACUGUUCAUCCCAGUUAUGAAUACUGGGCUCCAUGGAUUGGAAGGAGGACAAGAAAAUCAAACAUGGCCUUGAACACAGAGUUUGAAAAAAUUGCCUCAAAUCGGACUGUCACUUCAGCAGAGGUUCUUGUUACAGAGGAUCGGCUGGUUGAUGAGCUGAUGAAACAAAAGGUUUCAACAGUGCGUAAACUAUGCAAAGCCUGCAACCUGGACUCGAAUGGGUCGCGUAUGAACCUCAUACUACGACUCCGGGAGGAAAUGAAGUCCAGGCACACUUAUGACAAAGUGUUCCAAAAGAUCUGGGGAGCAUCUGGUGGCUGGUCUCUCAACUAUGUGCUGGAUGAGGAGAGGUCAGGAAAGGAGCUUAUCGUCCAAAGUACUAAGAUGGCUCUAACACGGUCUGACUUUCAAACUCUUGGUUUAAAACGAGAUAUGGAGUCUACUAUUGGAAAUGCCUGCUUUGAGAUCAUAGAAAAAGUCGCGCAAGUCAAGAGGAUAGGUUUGGAAAUGCAGGAUCUUCCAAAGCAGCUAUAUGGCAAUGAUUGCGGCAUCUUUAUGUUGAUGUACACUGUACUGGAAGCGCAGUUUGACUUCACAGUUGAAGACAUGCCAACUCUGAGGAAAUGGUGGUGUUUGUUACUGAUGGAGACCUUUGACCUUGGGAGCUAUGGCAAAUUAUUUGCCCAUUGGACGGAGGAAGCCAAGGCUAUGCUUCGAGGGGAAGUACAGCCAGUUCUGAGGGUGAAAAAGCGCAAGUUGGCACCUGUACAACAGACAGACCUGUUGCCUGCUACACAAGAACAUCGAGACCGGAAAGUCCUAAAAGAUUUUGGAUUGGAGAUCCGCCCUGCCUCCUCUCUGCCUCCGCCCUGCCUCCGCCCUGCCUCCGCCCUGCCUCCGCCCUGCCUCCUCUCUGCCUCCGCCCUGCCUCCGCCCUGCCUCCUCUCUGCCUCCGCCCUGCCUCCUCUCUGCCUCCGCGCUGCCUCCUCUCUGCCUCCGCGCUGCCUCCUCUCUGCCUCCGCGCUGCCUCCUCUCUGCCUCCGCCCUGCCUCCUCUCUGCCUCCGCCCUGCCUCCUCUCUGCCUCCGCGCUGCCUCCUCUCUGCCUCCUCGCUGCCUCCUCUCUGCCUCCGCGCUGCCUCCGCGCUGCCUCCGCGCUGCCUCUGCGCUGCCUCCUCUCUGCCUCCGCCCUGCCUCCUCUCUGCCUCCGCCCUGCCUCCUCUCUGCCUCCGCUCUGCCUCCGCGCUGCCUCCUCUCUGCCUCCUCUCUGCCUCCUCUCUGCCUCCUCUCUGCCUCCGCGCUGCCUCCGCGCUGCCUCCGCGCUGCCUCCGCGCUGCCUCCGCGCUGCCUCCGCCCUGCCUCCGCCCUGCCUCCGCCCUGCCUCCGCCCUGCCUCCGCCCUGCCUCCUCUCUGCCUCCGCUCUGCCUCCGCCCUGCCUCCUCUCUGCCUCCGCCCUGCCUCCUCUCUGCCUCCUCUCUGCCUCCGCCCUGCCUCCUCUCUGCCUCCGCUCUGCCUCCGCCCUGCCUCGGCCCUGCCUCCGCCCUGCCUCCUCUCUGCCUCCUCUCUGCCUCCGCCCUGCCUCCGCCCUACCUCCGCCCCUGCCUCCUCUCUGCCUCCUCUCUACCUCCGCCCUACCUCCGCCCUACCUCCGCCCUGCCUCCUCUCUGCCUCCGCCCUGCCUCCGCCCUGCCUCCGCCCUGCCUCCGCCCUGCCUCCGCCCCUGCCUCCGCCCUGCCUCCGCCCUGCCUCCGCCCUGCCUCCGCCCUGCCUCCUCUCUGCCUCCUCUCUGCCUCCGCCCUACCUCCGCCCUGCCUCCUCUCUGCCUCCUCUCUGCCUCCUCUCUGCCUCCUCUCUGCCUCCGCCCUACCUCCGCUCUGCCUCCGCCCUACCUCCGCCCUAUCUCCGCCCUACCUCCGCCCUGCCUCUGCCCUGCCUCCGCCCUGCCUCCGCCCUACCUCCGCCCUGCUCCUCACCGCAGCUGCAUUCGCCAUCAGCCGCAGCAGAACAGUGUUGUUUAUUGGCACACAUCCUGA